GAUCUCUAAUAAAUCCGUCCGAAAAAGGUAUAUCGCAAAUAUUUUCAGAAGCAUUAGUUUAAUUACUUUAAUCUACCAUAUAAAGUGUUUAGUGACAUAGUUUCAAGUUCAUAGUUGUGAUACUGUUCCCGAAAAGAUGAUUCUCGAUCUCAAAAAAUAUGUGUUUUAUAACAAAGGUGACAUAUUUCAAUAUGUCGCGAGUAUUGCAGGAGCUUUUUCCAUCAUGAGUUCGGGUGUGAACCUCGGCUGGACCUCGCCUUAUUUACCAAUAUUAACGAGGGACGAUUCGCCGAUACCAACAACUAGCGAACAAGGUUCCUGGUGUGCUAUAGCUCCAUUGCUAGGUUCUCCUUUCGGAGCAUUAUCGGCGAUGUAUUUAUCAGAUAUAUUAGGAAGGAAAAUAACGACGCUGCUGAUGGCGCCGAUUGUAGCGAUUUGUUUUGUAUUGAUAGCGUUUUCGAAAAACAUUUGGGAACUAACGGCGUAUAGGUUCAUAAUAGGAGCGACGGAAGGUGCUUCCUACACAGCCCUACCGAUGUAUAUUGGAGAAAUAUCGGAUCCGAAGAUUAGGGGGUUUCUUACAGCUACUAUAGCGAUAUUUGCGAUCAGCGGCACAUUAUUAAUAAACGUAAUAGGAUCAUUUAUGGGCAUAUUUACGUCUAGUAUAAUUUGCGCUGGUAUUCCACUAAUACAUUUCAUAAUAUUUGCUUUUAUGCCCGAAUCUCCUUAUUAUUAUAUAAAGAAAAAUAAUCAUUUGGCAGCGAAACAAUCUCUGGAGAUAUUUAGGGGUAAAGCUGAUGUUGUUAAAGAGAUGGAGAAUUUACGGAGAGCCGUUACUAGACAAGAGAGAUCGACGAAAACUGGUAUUAUCGAUAUAUUUAAUGUGGCUAGUACGAGAAAAGCGUGUUAUAUCUUCUUAAUAUUGAAUCUUACUAAUAAAUUCAGCGGUAAGAACCCUUGUUUGUUCUAUACGGAAACGAUUUUCACGGAAUCGGGUAGUAGUAUUAACCCUACGUUAUCAGUUAUUAUUUACUGCAGCGUAGAACUAAUAGCUGUUGUUAUAUCCACUUAUUUCAUCGUUGAUACGAUAGGUAAAAGAAAAUUGAUGAUAACUUCUACUGCCGGUUGUGCUUUAUCAGUAUUUUGUCUCGGUAUGUUUUUCUAUUUAAAAGAUUUUCAUAUCGGUGUAGUAGAAAACGUCGAUUGGUUACCAAUAACGGCACUUGUACUAUACAACAUUUUCUUCAGCGUAGGAUUGUCCUUCGGCCCGGUAUCAAUUUUGAGCGAAUUAUUUCCUACUAACGUUAAAGCUAAAGCUUUGGGUAUAGCCGAUACUUUUUCGGUGCUGAUGGGUUCUUUGGUAUCGAAAUUAUUCCAAAUCACCAUGGACGAAUUCGGUAGUAUGUCCGUACCGUUUUUGUUUUUCGCUGUUUGUUGUACAAUCGGUCUCUUUUUCAUCAUCAAAUAUUUUCCCGAAACCAAAGGUAAAACUUUGGAGGAGAUCCAGCAAUAUUUGAUUGGAGAAAACAAUACUUCUUUGGAAAUGGCAAAUUGUAACAGGAUGUGAUUCAAUCGAACAAAUUGAUGAGACUGAAUUGAGAAAAAUUAUUUUUCUCGAAUAUCACCUAACAUUGAAGGUUAUAUUUUCGCCUGGAAAAUUUUUAUCUCUAGAUAAAGCUUCGUUGCUAUUUGCACAAUUGAACAUGACAAAUACUUAUCUUAUUUUUGUACAAAUAUUGUCUAUAUAUAUUAUAUUCAUAAUCCGUGAGAUCAAAAGUCACUAACCUCACUUUUAUAUCGACUAUAUAAUUGUUUAUAACUAGUAUAGUUACAAUCUAAAAUGUAAUUUUCUAUUAGCUAUCAUGUUAUAAUAAAAAUUUUCAUUUUUUUCUUAGUUUUUGUUCCCGAUAUAAUAAUUGUAAAACCACCCUUCCAAAUGUAAAGAUAAGAGCUAGACAAUGGGUUCCAGGACACACCAAAAUAGAAAUAAAUUAAGCUUCCUUUCAUAGGUCCUGAAUCCUUCUAUGGUAUCAACUACAGAAAACCGCUAUAACCAGAGUAGAUCAGGAACUAUCCACAAUAGAAAAUUUUUUCUUCCCGAUAUAAUAAUUGUAAAACCACUCUUCCAAAUGUUCAGAUAAGAGCUAGACAAUGGGUUCCAGGACACACCAAAAUAGAAAUAAAUUAAGCUUCCUUUCAUAGGUCCUGAAUCCUUCUAUGGUAUCAGCUACAGAAAACCGCUAUAACCAGAGUAGAUCAGGAACUAUCCACAAUAGAAAAUUUUUUCUUCCCGAUAUAAUAAUUGUAAAACCACCCUUCCACAUGUUCAGAUAUGAGCUAGACAAUGGGUUCCAGGACACACCAGAAUAGAAAUAAAUUAAGCUUCCUUUCAUAGGUCCUGAAUCCUUCUAUGGUAUCAGCUACAGAAAACCGCUAUAACCAGAGUAGAUCAGGAACUAUCCACAAUAGAAAAUUUUUUCUUCCCGAUAUAAUAAUUGUAAAACCACCCUUCCAAAUGUUCAGAUAUGGGCUAGACAAUGGGUUCCAGGACACACCAAAAUAGAAAUAAAUUAAGCUUCCUUUCAUAGUUUCUGAAUCCUUCUAUGGUAUCAGCUACAGAAAACCGCUAUAACCAGAGUAGAUCAGGAACUAUCCACAAUAGAAAAUUUUUUCUUCCCGAUAUAAUAAUUGUAAAACCACCCUUCCAAAUGUUCAGAUAU